UUCCAUUCUCCAUUCGCUGGGGUUUUGAAUCGAUCUCUCGGGUCGAUCGGAGCGAAUGCAGCACGAGAGCGCGAGGGCGCUGUGGGAGCGCUGGCGAGAUCUCUACAAUCUCCGCGGCCACGAGCAAGAGAUUCUCAAGCAGGAAUGGUUUGCCGACGCCUUCUUGUUCGUGGAGAAGCUCCCCGAUGGCGCGCAUCUGUGGUGCGCGCCCGGCCUCCAGCACGUCGUGUGGCAGCUUCUGGAGCCCUUGCGCUUCUAUACCCCUGGAUCGCGCUGGGGGGGUCUCCCGAGCUUGUGGAGGAAGCUCUCCUCGCCGCUGCGCGGAUGCAUCCAGUGCGUUUGCCAUUACUACGAGGCAAAGGAUUUCUACGUGCAAGAGUUUUCUCCGGGAGUGGAGCCGCUGCUGGAUGUUCUUCGGGAUCUGGAUCGAGCGAGGGUGAUGUCUCCCUUGCGGCGGACUUUACAGAAGUUCCAGCCGAUCGAUCGCGAAGGCUUGUGUGUUCUUUUCGAGAUCCUCAUGUACCCAGAAGGUUUCCAGGAUGAUCAAGCCAGAAAGAUCUUAAUGCUGGUCAUGCGCUAUGCCGAGAAUACAUUGGCCUUGAAUCCAGAAAUCCAUCCUGAGAUCAUGGAGCUUCUCUCAGGCAACAAUGCUUCUCGAAAGCUUGUCGAAAGUUUGGAACUUUUUCGGAACGCGGAUCAGAGGAUUAUUCUCCAUGGUUUGAGAAAGCUUGUGAAGAUCUUCGAUGAAACGGUAUCCUCGUCCGAAUCAACAGAGAACGACGUUAUACUCGACCUGACCGACGAAGAAUGUGUCAACAACCAAGAGGCGAUGACUGAUGAAUGUGUGAAGACGGCCACCGAAGAGACGGCGAGUGCGAAACCCGAGGUGGGCUCCGACCGGAAAAAGAGACCUGUGUCGCAAGAUGUUCCAUCAUGCAAGAAGCAACGCUUGGAGGGCAAGGUCGGGGAAGGCCAGCAAGACUUCUAUGAUCGAGCUGCGUUUCCAGCGAUGCUGGACGAAUGGCACAAGCGUGUUCUAUCGCUAGACAUCUGGAGCAUGCACGGAGAUCACUCGGAGGAGCUCCUGGAAGUUCCAUUGACGUUUCAAAGCUACAAGCAUUAUCUAGAGAUCUUCCGGCCGCUUUGCUUCGAAGAGUUCAAGGCACACCUUGAAAGGUCUCUCGAGACAAUGGAUUUGUCGCGCUCCGACGUUGUCACAGCGUUUUCCUUGCGGCAGGAAGGCUACUUUCACCUUGUGGAGUUUGACGGCCACACCGUUAAACUCGCAGAGAACGAUUUGAUACUUCUACGUGAUCCAGCUCGGACUUCUCACAUGAUCGGCAAGAUGAGUAAACGCUCCAGAGCUUGA